CUACAAUUAAAACCGGAAGCUACCCGUAUCGUUUUGCGAACACUUCUACAUGCCGUGUUGCAUUAUUCAAGUGUGUUCAUUUCUGUGCAGCAUAAGUAGGGAGCUAACAAUGCAGCCCAGACAGCUCUAGCAAUGAAUGGAGUGGAGCAGGCACUUCUCUUCACUCUGAAGGGGCUGCAUUUAUACACAGACUUGAUCCUCUCAAUCACGUGAAACACAUUUGACAGAAGUAUCGAAUGUAAUUUUUUUGUAUUGAAAUUCUAAGUUUUGGUAUACCCACGCAACGCUAAGACCAAUGCAGACUUCCCAUGUGUGUGGGUUGUGCAACCACUUUCGUCUAUGCCAGUGAUUGUGCGUUAGCUUGUUCGUAGGUUGUUGGUUGAGUAGUAAAUUGCAGAUUACCCUCCGACUUUCACGUUUGGAAAGUUACUCUGGAGAGGAAGGACAGUAAGAGUAACAGCUGCGUCUAGCCACGGCGUGUUUGUAUGUUCUGUUCGGCAGCUUGUCAAAGUCCUGUUCCUGGCACUUAACCAUCUUGGGUUAUUCUCCAACACACCAUCUGCUGUACAAAGACAUAAGCCACACAGAAAAAUUGCCACUACUCCGGAAUUGUGGAAGGUGUGUGGAGACCAUCAUGUCGUCGAAGAUGCAGAGUUCCAAUAACACAGCCCAUGCCAGGAGGACAGUCCAGCAGCUGAGAAUAGAGGCCAGCAUUGAGAGGAUUAAGGUGUCCAAGGCCUCAGCAGACCUGAUGCACUAUUGUGGAGAACAUGCUAAAUACGACCCUCUACUCAUGGGCAUCCCAGCCUCUGAAAACCCCUUCAAAGACAAGAAGCCGUGCACUAUAUUAUAGUAGCGGGACAGCUGAAAUCUCUUUGCUUUUUUAUUUGUAUAUUAUUUUAUAGAGAGAAAUAUGACAUUAAUACCGGUACACUAUUUGCCUUAAGGCCAGCCCAGCCCCACUCCCCCUAUUUCCUUGUGCUUUCGGUUGAUUCCCAAAUGUUAUCCUAGGGCCCAUAGGGCUCUGGUAAAACAAUUGUGCACUAUAUAGGGCAUAGGGUGUCGUUUUUGGACUCUUAUAAACAAGUGCCAUUUUGGUAGGAUCAGAAUCAUUGGUGUGCUCUCUCUUUAUCAGAUACAACUAAGACCAAAUAGCACCAUGAGACAAAAUGUAACAGGUCAUUGGUGACACAGAAACAAUGUUUUAGUUUAGUUCAAUCAGUCAUGAAUGAAUGAAAGCUCAUUCUGAGGCUCCUCUCAACAGAGACUGGUGUUCUUUCAGAUUGUUAUCUCAUGUUAUGCAGACUAAAUACUUGGUUUGAACUAGGGGUUCCCAACUCUGUAAUUUUCACAUCAGCCAGAGCAUAAAUAAUGCCAAUGGCCCUGAAGUAUAAAGCAUUGCACUUGCACCACACUCUAGUUAAACCUUUCAGCUCCUGAUUGCGUCAUCAGUCCCCACACAGUAGCUUCUUUGAGAAACAAUCAGUCUAGUUUGUAUAUUACUGAUAAAAGCCUGUAAUAACCCCAAUAUGUAAAUCACGCAGUCCCAUGACACAGGAGGACUCUAAAACCAGUGCUGAUGGGCUGGUAAGCUAUGUCUGUGUCCCAAAUGGUGCCCUAUUCCCUAUAGAGUGAACCACUUUUGAUUUGGGACUCAGGCUGUGAAUGUCCCGUCACAACAGGAGAGGGUGCCUGUCGUUUUGUAAGGGAAAGCGUAUGGCUUGCAGCAAUAGCCUCAUGAACUGGCAGGUUUAACCAGCAUUGUUUUGUUUCUGCAAAGACGUCAGAAAUCGUUUCAUUUUCAGGUGGGGGUAGAUUCGAACUAUCCCACUUCUAUGUCUUUUGUGAUGAAAGAAUGACUCUUUAAACUUUAAAGACUAAUUUUUAUCUCUUGUGAAUUUGCCAUGCCUUUGCCUUAGAAACCAAACUUUGUGACUUUGCAUAGUUGUCUUACUUGUAUGUGGUACAGUAGAUAGGUAAUGUAGCAGCAAUAUGAAGUGUUGCAGAUACCAUUUAACCCUUUAAAUGAUUUUACUAUGCCUUACAUUGAUGUAAACGUUGUUGUUCCAUAAUGAUGUCUCUAUUUGGCUGAAGGAGAAGAAGUUAAGAUCACAAUCACGUCUAUCCAAUGUACAGAUGUAGGAUCGUAAUUUGAUCACCCUGUUGUUGUAGGACAUUUCCUGCACAGCAAACUUGCAGUGUAUUUGAGGUUUUAAAAAGUGUUCUCAAGUUUGUCAUUUCCACUUUAAAAUGUCAGAUUGGAUUUGCCCUAACUAAAAAUGUAUCAAAAAUGUCCAUUAACUAUAAUCCACAUAAUGAUUAACAUUUCCUGUUGCUGCAGGAUUAUUUUCCUGCUGUGAAAAACUGUUAUUAAGACGCUACAUCUGUACCAGCACCAGAGGAAACUGGGUGCUAAUCUGUUUCUGCUAUCGUGCCAACUCCUUAACACAUUGUAGUGGCAAACAAAGAUAAAAACUGUCUUGACAAGGACAUCAAUGGAGUAAGCAAGAGCACAGACAGAUCUGGAACCAAGCUAGAAAUGUAAAGGUUUUCUGAUUUGUAUUUUAUUGCCAGUGCUUUUAAAGUGAUUCACUGUAAUAACUUUUUAUUGAUAGAUGUACGACUUCUAUUCUGACAGGGAUUCUGUGAUCCAUCGUGAAAUUUGUGACAACUGUUAUUAUGAUCUCUUCUUGAGUGUGAACAUUCCAUGUUUACAAUAGCUGCUCCGUUGUCUUCUUUUCAACUCUCUGAAUGGUCAUGCGUUGAAUAAUAAUUGUUAUUGUGUGUUUGGGAGAAUGUAUUUUUUUUGUCUGUGCACGUGACUUUCAAAGGCAACUCGGAGACCAUGGUCAUGUUCAUUAGGGCGGACAAUAGCAAAACCGAAAACUAAAACAAUUAGACAAGUUCAGGUACAUACCUGGUUCGCUUCGUUUUCUACCAAAUGAACAUGACCCAGCUUAACCAGCCAGGGCCUUAGUAUUAAAGUAGUCUCGUUUUGACAUUUCACCACUACUUUUUAGCCACACUCUUCAAACAACACUAUACUAAUACUGUGAACAAAUGAAUCAAUACAUCCCCAGUGGAUGCAGGGAGCACAUCUUUGAAGUGCUUGUCGCUAUUCAUCUGUCAGUAUCAUUAUUGGCAAUACAAUAAGUUGCUCUUAUACCAGUGGGUUAAAGCCUAUAAUUACUAUAGACUGCUAUAUAUAGAGACAGAUGUCAGCACCAACUGAAACGUCCCCUCAUAGUAGGCUAUUUGCCUCCAUAUUCUGUGUAAUCUUGGCAACCUACAAUCGAAAAUCUCAUGUCAAAUACUAUUUACAUUAAGUAGUCUGUCCACAAGAGAUUAUAUUCGGUGUGGCUUUGAAAGCUCGCUUAAAGUUGUGUGUUCCUGUAUGAUGUGUUUCUGCACUUGCUUCUUCUCGCUGUUAUGUCACUGCAUAUACAUUUACAAUAAAAAGUCAAUGCUA